AACUUCAGUCCACAUUCAAAAAUGCGCAACACAAAAAUGCAAAACCGUUCUCUGGUUCGGAGAAGUGUUUUCAUGAAAUAGUUCAAGAGCUCACCCUGAAUAGUUGAAACUACGUGUAGCCUGUGCUCUCUCUGGUUCUCAUGGUAUGUUUCUCUCUCGCAUAUUCCGGAAAACCGUGUCGCUGGUACCACGCAAUGUUCGGUGCAAGGCACAGGGAUCUACCACAGACACUGCUCCAACUUCGGUGCAAGCUAGCAGUCGUGUACCUGGAUAUUUGGAGGAAAGGCUAGAUCUAUUUGAUCGCCUGAAAGCCGAGCAGGAUGCUAGGGUUGCCGGUAAGGUCUCGGAACGCAUCGCGGUGACGUUGCUGGAUGGCCGUGUGCUUGAGGGCCAAAGCUGGAGGAGCACUCCAUACGAACUGGCUUCUCAAGUCAGCAAUGGUCUGGCAGAUAGCUCUGUCGUUGCCAAGGUCAAUGGAGAGCUGUGGGACUUGGACAGACCUCUAGAAAAUGAUGCCACACUGGAGCUGCUCAAGUUCGACGACGAUCAGGGCAAGCAAGUGUUUUGGCACAGCAGCGCCCACCUCUUGGGCCGAGCCAUGGAGCAACGCUUCGGUGGCUUGCUGGGUACUGGACCACCACUAGAAAAUGGCUUCUACUAUGACAUGUAUAUGCAAGAUUGUACCAUUAAGAUGGAGGACUUACCAGUGUUGGAGACUUUGUGCAAGGAAUUCAUGAAGAAAAAGGAACCUUUUGUUCGCCUGGUCGUGGGCAGAGCGGAUCUGCUGCAGCUGUUCCGCCAUAACAAGUUCAAGCGCGAGAUAAUUGAGGAGCGCAUCUCCACUGCAACAGCCACAGUGUAUCGAUGUGGCCCCUUGAUUGAUCUCUGCCUUGGGCCACAUAUCCGACAUGCUGGCAAAGUGAAGGCUCUGAGCAUCAUUAGUACCAGCAACUCAAACUGGAAUGGUGACAUCAAUGCCGAUGCAUUGCAGCGUGUCCGCGCCAUCUCGUUUCCAAACAAAAAUCUGUUGGCUGAGUGGAAGCAUUUCCAAGAAGAAGCUGCCAAGAGAGACCAUCGAAAGAUUGGACUGGAUCAAGAGCUGUUUUUCUUCCACCAUCUGAGCCCCGGGAGCUGCUUCUUCCUGCCAAACGGUGCUCAUAUCUACAACACCCUGUUGGACUUCCUCCGUGAAGAGUAUCGCCGUCGUGGCUACCAGGAAGUCAUUACACCCAACAUCUACAAUAAGCAGCUGUACGAGACUUCUGGACAUUGGCAGCACUAUGCAGAAAAUAUCUUCUCUUUCAAGCUCAAGAAUGAAGAGACAUACGGCUUGAAACCGAUGAACUGUCCCGGCCACUGCCUGAUGUUUGCGCACCAGGACCCCUCUUUUCGUGAUCUCCCACUCCGGUUUGCUGAUUUUGGAGUGCUUCAUCGAAAUGAGAGUACGUCAACCCUGUCUGGGCUUACACGUGUCCGUCGCUUUCAGCAGGAUGAUGCUCACAUCUUCUGUUCCCUAGAACAGAUUGAGGAAGAGAUAAAGGGCUGCUUGGAGUUCCUGGAGCAUGUCUAUGGUAUUUUCGGAUUCCAGUUUGACCUGUUUCUCUCUACGCGCCCCGAGGCUUAUCUUGGCGAUGCUGAGAAAUGGGACAUUGCAGAGGAUCAGCUAAAGAAGUCACUCAACGACUUCUGUGGUGAUCGUUGGAAGCUGAAUCCUGGAGAUGGAGCAUUUUAUGGUCCCAAAAUCGACAUUGUCCUCAGAGAUGCUUUGCAACGCAAGCAUCAAAGUGCCACAAUCCAGCUGGACUUUCAAUUGCCUGAGCAGUUUGAGCUCCUCUAUCAGACUACCAUGGCAGGGAUUCGUCAGAGGCCAGUGAUGAUUCACCGUGCCAUUCUCGGAUCAGUAGAGCGCAUGAUGGCCAUUCUGGUCGAAAGCUUCGCCGGCAAGUGGCCUUUCUGGCUGUCGCCUCGACAGGUCAAGGUGAUUCCAGUUAUGCCCGUAUUCAAUGAAUAUGCACGGAAAGUUUCACAGCAUUGCCAUGAUGCAGGAUUUCGUGCCGAGGUGGUAGACGGCACCGACAGCUUGAACCGGAAAGUCAGAAAUGCCCAAGUGGAGCAGUACAAUUUCAUUUUGGUGGUUGGCCAGAAGGAAGUGGACAAUGCCAGUGUGAACGUCCGCACUCGCUGCAACAAAGUUCUCGGUGAAUUCCCGCUGGAUGACUUUGUGAAGCGCUGCAAUGAACUGAAGCAAUCCCGCUCGAACAACUGCUUGUCUGUGUUACCCUCGGUAUGAUGAAGUCUACGUGCUGUACUACAAUACAUGAUACUGUACACGAGCUAAUGUUGCCUGUAUGUGCACUCGUGUGUGUGUGUGUGUGUGUGUGUGUGUGUGUGUGUGUGUGUGUGUGUGUGUGUGUGUGUGUGUGUGUGUGUAUGUGCACACAUGCGUGGGUGGUUGGGUGCAUGUGUAAGUUCCGUGUGAACGUGCGCUUGAUGCGGGCAUGCUGACUCUUUCCCUGCUUUUAUUUCAUCUUUUUUCUCUCCCUGUUUAGCGGGCUGCGGUGUAGGAUGCUCUUGAUUCCUUGAACCGUUCCAAUGAGCUGUUCAUCUCAUUUAACUUUUUUUGGUGAUCUUCUCACCCUUACUUCCCCGUCGGUGGUGGAAAGGUGCAAAUACCUUGCCUUGUACAUGCACUCCUGUGCUAUGUGAUCUUCUCACCCUUACUUCCCCGUCGCCGGUGGUGGAAAGGUGCAAACACCUUCCCUUGUACAUGCUCUCCUGUGCUGUGUUAGGCUUGCUGACCGAAUAGUGCAUGUUGUAGCUAAAAGUACAAGGUUUUUAUUAUUUUUGGUUUUAUGUCUUAUUCAGACUCUUGAUUCACACACAUUGUAUUUCUGUGUUACAUUGCAGGCUCAAUUAAACGCAGGAAAUACUAUCUCCCCUGGUGGUGACGAUUAUGUUGCCAGUAUGUUGUCAUUGUGUGUCAAGAUAAGUUGCUAGAGCCUUUUCCCAA